GGCUCAAGGUUUUGCUGUUUAGUUCCAGGCGCAGCGCGCGCAGCGCACGGAGGCCAUGGGUCGCUGGGACCACUCGCGUUCACCCCGGCAGGGGCGGCUACAAUGGAUCUCCAAGACGCUCGCACAGCUAGGGCGCUACAAGCAAAACAGACCCUACGGGCUUGAAGUGGAUGGAUCUGGGUGCAUCAAGCUCUCCAACCUGAUGGAGACCUGGGGCAACUCAAAUGGUGUCUCGCAGGACGAGGUUGUGCAGGCUGUAAGUGACAACCUGGUCAACGAGCGCACUGGAGGGGCGCGCUUCAAACUGUCCCACGAGGGGCGUGAAACAAUCAUCCAGGUACAUCGCGCUGGUGGAGAAUGGCCGAGCAACUCAGAGAAGACUAGCAGUUGGUCAUCAUCAAGCUGGAACGGCAACAGCAGUUGGGGAGCUAAGAAUCAGAACAAUGACAAGCAAGAUUCCUGGAAGUCAGACCAGUCCUGGAACAAAAAGAAUGAUUGGGACAACCAUUCAUCGAAUGGUAACCACACUGAGUCAUGGGUGAAGUCAGAACCGUCAGAGAAUUGGAACAAGCGUGGAAACGCCGCUGGUUGGCGCUUGCAGCAGGGCUCGCAGAGCACACAAAACUCCACGUCUUGGAACAAUCGCGGCGGCAGACAAGGUAGCUAUGACAAGGCUGAGCAGAUCCAAAGAUACAUGGCUUACUUGUUGAAGAAUGGCUGGCAGGAAGGCGUGAAUGCAGAUAGAGAGGGCUACGCAGACUUGCAAUCCAUUGUGGACGCGAUGCAGCAGAGGAAGCCCGACUUUGGCCUCACUAGCAUUGAAGAGGUUAAGACCUUUCUGCAGGAGACCGACCAGGAGGGCCGCUUUGCCAUCGACGCCCAGGACCGUGUGAGGAAGAUUGACCGCAAUGCGCGGCAACAGCCGCCUGAGCCGCAACCGUGGAAGUCGCAUACAACAACAACGAGGCCAUCACAGGCACAGCCGGCACGCUCGCAACCAGCGCGGUUCAAUGCCUUUGAAGCGCCAACUCAUGUCCAGAAAGAAGAGGUGGACUAUGAUGAGGAUGAGCCAGAAGCCGAUGAUACCCCGGGAGUGUCUCAGGUAAAGACGGAGAUCAACAACAGAAAACCCAAGAACCCGCCUGGCAAGCACUGGACACAGUAUGAUGACAAUACCACGAUUUGGUGGUACUAUGAAGGCCCAAGGGGUGUGUGGUGGAUGGGGCCAGAGCAUUCCGAGCCUCAGCCCUACAACUCGGCCCCUGCAGUUGAACCGGAGGAAUGAGCCGGACAGCGGCUCAACUGUGGCCCAAAGGGUCCAACCUCAAGCAUUUUAAGCGAAAGCCCAUACAGUGGCUCAAUCGCUCUAAAAUUAAAUCUGUCGUCUGUAACCUGGAAGAGAUGGCCUCCAACUUGUACUAGCGAUGCCCUCC